UGUCCCAUGGGUAUUGAGAAGAAUGUGUAUGCUGCUGUUGUUGAGUGGAAUGUUCUAUAUAUGCCGCACUCAAGUUGAAGCAAUCAAGGUGAAGAAACGUUUCCACUACUAUAUUUAUUCAGCUGUUCCAAUGGGAUUUUCUGUUAGCAAAUCUGCUACUCAGGUAUCUGCUAUGUGUAUGGAUGCAAAAGUGGAUGAUCACUUAACGCAAGGGACUGAGAAAAGCAAGUUGGAACCAGUGACUCAGUUAUUUCAAAACACUAAGAAAAUAAGAUUAGAAGACACAAACCAAGAAAACCUUACAAGAGAUAAAGAGACUGGCACAGGAUCUCUUUCCGAGGAAGCCUUGGGUUCAGUAGUUUAUGUUAAAGAAAGUGAUGGAAUAGAAAUGACAGAUGUGGAAUGAAGGUAUUUGUACAUAUUACCACAGAAAUCAAAACUUGCUUUUGACUAAGAGGGCAUAUUGA